AAAGAAAUCAUCAUUUCCACCAAACCCCCAAAAUCAAUAGUCUCUUUAACGUGUAAACUUCAUCUUCCCUUUUUCUUCUUCUUUUUCGUCUUCGUUUUCUCAAUUACUCUGCUCCACACAUGUUGUAUCAUUUGCAUCAGAUAUAAUAACAAUAAACUUCAACACCUGUUCUUCAUUCUGUAUAACAAAUUCAUAUCUAUUCAACUUCAAUUUCUGUAUAUAACUUUUCAAUGGAGGUCUCAUCAUCUUCAUAUUCAUCACCGCUAUCCAUUUACCGACUCGAUUCCGCCCCACCCCUUCUUACCCGACCCGUUUCUCGUUUCUGUUCUAAAUCCUACACCCGACCCAUCCAACCCACCCGACCGACCCGACCCAGUACCUGCACCGCUUCAUCUUCUUCAUCUUCAUAUUUUGGGGUUUCAAUCGCUCAUAAACCGUUGAAAUCGAGAAACAAUUUGACGGUUUCUCGAAGAAGACGUGGGUCGUUUACUAUUGUAGCUGGGGUGUUCGAGAGAUUUACUGAGAGAGCAAUCAAAGCGGUGAUGUUUUCCCAGAGAGAAGCUAAGGCUUUAGGGAAAGAUAUGGUGUUUACGCAGCAUCUGUUGCUGGGUUUGAUCGCUGAAGAUCGGUCUCCUAAUGGGUUUCUUGAGAGUGGGAUUGGUAUCGAGGCUGCCCGUGAAGCGGUUCGGAGUAUUUGGGAGGAUGAAGAGGGUGAUAAGAAGGGGGGUGAUGCUGUUGUUGAUAGUUCGAGUUCGGGUUCGGCUACGGAUGUGGCGUUUUCGAAUAGUACGAAACGGGUGUUUGAAGCUGCGGUUGAGUAUUCGAGAACUAUGGGGUAUAAGUUUAUUGCUCCUGAACAUAUUGCUAUUGGUUUGUUGACUGUUGAUGAUGGUAGUGCUGGCCGUGUUCUGCAAAAGUUAGGAGCAAAUUUGAACGAGUUAGCUGAUGUGGCAGUGUCUAGAUUACAAGGAGAGCUUGCUAAAGAUGGAAGAGAGCCUCCUGCAUCUAGACAAACGUUGAAGAAAUCGUCUUUUGGUAAAACAUCCGGCCAAGAAAACGCAAAAGGUAAAAGUGCCUUGGAUCAGUUUUGUGUGGAUCUUACGGCUAAUGCUAGUAAUGGGCUCAUUGAUCCGGUGAUUGGGCGGGACACGGAGGUAGAAAGGAUUGUUCAAAUACUUUGUAGAAGAACUAAAAAUAAUCCGAUUCUUCUUGGUCAAGCUGGGGUUGGGAAAACCGCAAUUGCAGAAGGAUUGGCUAGUCGUAUUUCAGAUGCAAAUGUACCCGUGUUUCUCUUGACGAAACGUGUUAUGUCAUUGGAUAUUGGUUUACUAAUUUCUGGUGCAAAAGAGAGGGGGGAAUUAGAGGGACGUGUAACUUCCCUAAUUAGGGAGGUUAAAGAGUCGGGCAAUGUGAUUCUUUUCAUUGAUGAAGUUCAUACGCUAAUUGGGUCGGGAACUGUUGGAAGAGGUAACAAGGGAUCUGGACUUGACAUUGGUAAUCUUUUGAAGCCAUCCCUUGGGAGGGGUGAAUUACAGUGUAUUGCAUCUACAACUAUGGACGAGUACAGAUUGCAUUUUGAGAAAGAUCAAGCAUUGGCACGUAGAUUCCAGCCUGUAUUAAUCGAAGAACCGAAUCAGGAAGAUGCAAUCCGGAUUCUGAUGGGAUUACAGGAAAAAUACGAGGCUCAUCAUAAAUGUAAAUACACAUUGGACGCCUUAAAUGCAGCUGUCUACCUGUCAGCAAGAUACAUUCCAGAUCGAUAUCUUCCGGAUAAAGCCAUUGAUCUAAUAGAUGAAGCCGGCAGUAGAGCAAGAAUGGCGGCUUUUAGAAAGAAAAAAGAACAACAAACCGACAUACUUUCGAAAUCACCUGACGAUUAUUGGCAAGAAAUUAAAGCUGUCCAGGCCAUGCAUGAUGUGGUUUUAGCAAGCAGACGCAGCAAUCUUGUUGACCCACAGGAGACAGACAAUGAGACUGCGUUGACUUCAAAAGCUGAUGAUCAAGAGCCUACGAUAGUGGGAGCUGGUGAAAUAGCAGAAGUUGCUUCGUUAUGGUCAGGAAUUCCGAUUCAGCAGUUGACUGUUGAUGAAAGAAUGCUAUUGGUGGGACUUGAUGAACGGUUAAAAGAACGAGUUUGCGGUCAAGAUGAAGCUGUGGAUGCCAUCUGUCGUGCUGUUAAGAGAUCGCGUGUAGGUUUAAAAGAUCCUGACAGACCUAUUGCAGCCAUGCUUUUCUGUGGGCCCACUGGAGUUGGCAAAACUGAACUCACCAAAGCUCUAGCUGCAUCUUAUUUUGGCUCGGAAAGUGCGAUGCUAAGAUUAGACAUGAGUGAAUACAUGGAGAGACAUACAGUCAGCAAGCUAAUAGGUUCACCACCAGGUUAUGUAGGGUAUGGUGAAGGUGGGACCCUCACUGAAGCGAUCCGUAAACGCCCUUUCACUGUUGUCCUUCUCGACGAAAUAGAAAAAGCCCAUCCUGAUAUCUUCAACAUUCUUCUUCAGAUCUUUGAAGAUGGCCACCUCACCGAUUCUCAGGGUCGUAGAGUAUCGUUUAAGAAUGCAUUAGUGGUGAUGACAUCUAAUGUGGGGUCCACUGCUAUCGCCAAGGGUAGACAUAAUUCUAUUGGUUUUAUGCUUGAUGAUGAUGAGUCAGCAUCUUCUUAUGCUGGAUUGAAAUCGCUUGUGAUGGAAGAACUUAAGGCUUACUUCCGGCCUGAGUUACUUAACAGGAUUGAUGAAGUUGUUGUGUUCCGUUCUCUCGAAAAGACUCAGAUGCUCGAGAUAUUAAACAUGAUGCUCGAAGAGGUCAAGAAAAGGCUCGUUUCGUUUGGAAUUAGUUUAGAGGUGACUAAACCCGUAAUGGAGCUUAUAUGUGAACAAGGUUUCGACAGAAGUUACGGUGCAAGACCUCUUCGUCGGGCCCUCACUCUAAUAGUGGAAGACCCAUUGAGCGAAUCACUUCUUAGUGGACAGUUUGACCAAGGUGACACUGCUGUUAUUGACCUUGAUGGGUCGGGAAACCCGGUGGUUGUUAAUAAGUCUCGCCGGAAUGUCUACUUGUCUGACACGUCAACAUUGUCAUAGGUAAAUAUUUGUGGAAAACCUGAUUAUAAUUUCAAGUUUUUUAAUGUACAAAUGGUGAUUCAUAUUGAUGUUGUAUAAGUGUAUAUAUUAGAGGAAGGUGAUUACAGGUUUAGAGGUGCCAAAUUCUAUAUUUUUUUUUUCAGUGUUGUUCAAUAGGGAUAUUGUAUCUCAAUUCAUGUUUAAUGAACUUUAUAGCUGAUGAUAAUUUACUGAUUA